AGUUGCCCGGCGCGGGACCGCGAACUCUCGCGAGAAGGCCGCCAGCUCCGGGGGCAACUGCCGCGGGAGCCCGAACUCUCGCGCGACAGCGACCAAGUCGUUAGAAGCGCUUUGCAGGCGCGCGCAACAUGGCGCGGUACGGACCGCCGUUGAGCUGGCUGGACGCGCAGCAGGAGCGCGACGUGCGGGAGCUCGUCCGGGGUGUCGCCGGCCUCCAGGACGAGGCAGACCCCAACUUCCAGCUCGCCCUAAACUUCGCCUGGUCCAACUUCAGAUUUCAUCGUUUCUUGGAUGUGAACAGCCACAAAAUAGAAAAAACAAUCGAAGGAAUUUAUGAAAAAUUUAUCAUUCAUUCUGAUCUCAGCAAAGCUGCUAGCUGGAAGAGAUUAACUGAGGAAUUUCUAAAUGCACCACUUCCCAGCAUAAAGGAAAUAAAGACAGAUGCACAUUAUUCCAUACUGUCACUUCUUCUGUGUCUGUCAGACUCUCCUUCAAACAGCAAUUAUGUGGAGACACCGAGAGAUAAAGAAGUGGAAAAGAAAGAUGAUUUUGAUUGGGGAAAAUACUUGAUGGAAGGUGAAGAAAUGGACAUUGGUCCUUACAUGGACACACCAAAUUGGUCUGAAGAAAGUGAAGAGGAAAAUGAUCAACUGCCCUUAAGCAGAGAGGACUCUGGAAUUCAGGUAGACAGGACACCGUUAGAAGAACAAGAUCAAAACAGAAAACUGGAUCCUUGUAUCAGUUGGAAAGCAGGUGAGCCAGAUGACCGAAGCUGGCUGGAACAUCACGUGGUCCAUCAGUACUGGACAGCCAGGCCCUCCCAGUUUCCUCAUAGUUUACAUUUGCACUCCGAUUUAGCUGCUGUCUGGGACCAGCACUUGUACAGCAGUGAUCCAUUGUAUGUUCCAGAUGACAGGGUUUUGGUUACUGAGACUCAGGUUAUUCGGGAAACCCUAUGGUUACUUUCAGGAGUGAAAAAGCUCUUUAUAUUUCAGUUGAUAGAUGGGAAGGUAACUGUGAGAAACAAUAUUAUAGUAACUCAUUUAACACAUAGCUGUUUACGAUCUGUGCUGGAACAAAUAGCAGCAUAUGGCCAGGUUGUGUUUCGACUCCAGGAGUUCAUUGAUGAAGUCAUGGGACACAGUUCCGAGAGCAUGCUGCCUGGAAGUGGGUCUGUUCCUAAGAAGUCAACUGAAGCUCCCUUUAGAACCUACCAGGCUUUCAUGUGGGCCCUGUAUAAAUAUUUCAUUAGUUUCAAAGAGGAACUUGCAGAAAUUGAGAAGUGCAUCAUCAGUAAUGAUGCUACAAUAACUCUUGCAAUAGUGGUGGACAAGUUGGCGCCUCGGUUGGCUCAGCUCAAGGUUCUGCACAAAGUGUUUAGUACUGGAGUAGCAGAAGUUCCACCUGAUACUCGAAAUGUUGUCCGGGCCUCUCACCUGCUCAACACCCUGUACAAGGCCAUUCUUGAAUAUGACAAUGUUGGAGAAGCCUCUGAGCAAACCGUCUCCCUGCUGUUCUUUCUCUGGGUGGAAACGGUACGGCCUUACCUGCAGACGGUGGACGAGUGGAUCGUGCAUGGGCACCUGUGGGAUGGCGCCAGGGAGUUCAUCAUCCAGAGAAACAAAAAUGUUCCAGUUAAUCACAGAGACUUCUGGUAUGCAACUUACACGCUAUAUAGUGUAUCAGAAAAGACAGAAAAUGAAGAAAAAAUGAGUGAUAAUGCUAGUGCGAGUUCCGGCAGUGACCAGGGGCCCUCCAGCAGGCAGCACACCAUGGUGUCCUUCCUCAAACCUGUCCUGAAGCAGAUCAUAAUGGCUGGCAAGUCGAUGCAGCUGCUGAAGAACCUGCAGUGUGCGGAGAGCACCACCUGCCAGGCAGGAGCCAGAGAUGCAGAAAGAAAAAGUUUAUACACUCUCUUUCUGGAAUCUGUACAGUCCCGUCUUCGACAUGGAGAAGAUUCCACUCCACAGGUUCUUACUGAGCAACAGGCAACCAAGGAGAAUCUAAUGAAGAUGCAGUCCAUUGCUGAAAGGCAUCUUGAACUGGAUGAUGUUCAUGAUCCACUGCUUGCCAUUAACUUUGCAAGGAUGUAUUUGGAGCAGAGUGACUUUCACGAGAAGUUUGCUGGUGGUGAUGUAUGUGUGGAUAGAUCAUCGGAAUCUGUGACAUGCCAGACUUUUGAGUUAACGCUGAGAUCCUGCCUCUAUCCUCAUAUUGACAAGCAGUAUCUAGAUUGCUGUGGAAAUCUCAUGCAAACUCUAAAAAAAGAUUACAGGUUGGUAGAAUACUUGCAAGCCAUGAGAAAUUUUUUCUUAAUGGAAGGAGGAGAUACCAUGUAUGACUUCUACACAUCCAUUUUUGAUAAAAUAAGAGAAAAGGAAACGUGGCAGAAUGUGUCUUUUCUUAAUGUCCAACUCCAAGAAGCAGUAGGACAGCGUUAUCCUGAAGAUAGUUCACGUCUGUCUAUAUCUUUUGAAAAUGUUGACACAGCUAAGAAGAAACUGCCUGUUCAUAUCUUAGACGGUCUGACCCUCAGCUACAAGGUCCCAUGGCCCGUGGACAUUGUUAUAAGUUUGGAAUGUCAAAAAAUUUAUAAUCAAGUGUUUCUUCUCUUACUGCAAAUAAAGUGGGCAAAAUAUAGUCUGGAUGUUUUACUUUUUGGUGAACUGGUUAGUACUGCGGAAAAACCACAUCUUCAAGAAGGCCUUGUACAUGAACAAGACACAGUUGCUCAGUUCGGACCACAAAAAGAACCAGUAAGACAGCAGAUUCAUCGCAUGUUCCUCUUAAGAGUGAAGCUCAUGCAUUUCGUGAACAGCUUGCACAACUACAUCAUGACCAGGAUUCUCCACAGUACAGGGCUGGAGUUUCAACAUCAAGUCGAGGAAGCCAAGGAUUUAGAUCAGUUGAUUAAAAUUCACUAUAGGUAUCUGUCAACCAUCCAUGACCGGUGUCUGCUGAGAGAAAAGGUCAGCUUUGUGAAAGAAGCUAUCAUGAAGGUGUUGAACUUGGCCCUCAUGUUUGCAGACGGUUGGCAGGCAGGCCUGGGCGCUUGGCGAAUGGAAUCUAUAGAGAAAAUGGAGUCUGAUUUUAAAAACUGCCAUAUGUUUCUUGUAACCAUUUUAAACAAAGCCGUCUGUAGAGGAUCCUUUCCCCAUUUGGAAUCUCUAGCGCUGUCACUCAUGGCUGGCAUGGAACAAAGUUAAAUGUCUUCAGUGUGAGAAAUGUCUCCAGCUUCAUCAUCAUACAUGUACAUUUCCACCAUGUGCAGCUGAAAAGUGAGAAUCUUUUCAUUUUGGUUUAUUUGUAAAACUUGUCCACUGUCGGCCGGGCACAGUCACUCACGCCUCUAAUCCCAGCACUAUGGGAGGCCAAGGCAGGCGGAUCACUUGAGCCCAGGAGUUUGAGGCCAGCCUGGGCAACAUGGUGAAACCCUGUGUCUACCAAAAAUACAAAAUGUAUCCAGACAUGUUGGUGUGUGCCUCUCUAGCUACUCAAGAGGCCAAGAUGGGAGGAUUGCUUGAGCCCAGGAGGUCAAGACUGCAGUGAGCCAUGAUUGCACUACUGCAGUGCAACCUGGGUGACAGAGUGAGGUCCUGACUCAGAAAGAACCACUUGUCCGCAGUCCAGACAGAUGGAUUGUAGGUGGGUUUUCUGGAGAUGAGUAGAUGCUGUAUAGAGUUGUAUACAUAAAAUUGUGUCUAGUGCAAAGUGUAUAUAGGCUGUUUACUCUUAUAUUUCCUACUGUAAGAUACAGAUUUAUGGUACUGAUACCUUUAAAUAUAAAUUAUAUCAUAUUUUGAAAAUGUAAUUCUGAUAUUCAAAAUAAAGGACUUAAAAUUA